UUUGUCCCUUUAACUCCUUUAACCCUUUCAAAUUUGUUCAGGAGUAAGGGAAAAAUUUUCCUUCAGACUCGAUUAACGAAUUAAAGAAGAUGAGUUUGAUAUAUAUAUGUAAGAUAAAGAAUCGGGAAGAAUUUUAAAGAUCUCACUUCCAACAAUUGAGGAAGAUAAUUAGGGUAUUGGAGAAGCAAAGGGUAUUGGACACUAGAGUUGAACAUUAUUGUUGAACAAUAUCUUUUCAAAAUAUAUCAAAAGAAUCUUGACAUUAAUUAUCCGAUAAUUUAAUAACUAAUUCAAGUUAUUAUUACUAUACUGCAUAUAUAAUAGAGUUGAUCUUAACAAUUAACGCGAAAAGAAUUAAAAUGUUGAUCGAAAACGCUUUGCUUGCAUGUACAGUGUACUUGUGUCAUUUAUCAAACAAGUUUAUAAAACUUUGUUUGUUCGAACGAAUACGAACGAGACUCGCUAAUUAUUCCGUUACGCAAAAGGAAUGGAGCAAGAACGAGGUAAGAAAUUAGCGGAUGAAAAGUGAAGCGAAUCAUGGAAAGUGUUUUCGAAUAAUUGCCAAUUAUCAUUCCCUCGAAAAAAUUCCCAAUAAUUAAUCGCUAUAUCGAGUUCGAUUAUGGCGUCGAUUCUUCGCGAAAAGGAAGCUCGUUUCUUAAAUUUUGAGAUAAAUUUACGAAGUAAACGAGUAAAAUUGUUUUGAGAAAAUUGAUCUCCUUAAAUGUUCCAUCGCUUUUUUUCUAGAUUGCAAGAGUUGUUUAUAUAAUUAAAUAAAUAAUAGCCGUGUAUUAAUUGUGUUUUUUUUUUUGAAUAAAUGAAAGUCGAUAUAAAUCUUCAUAUCUUUUAGAUAAUUUUAAAAUUUGUAACUAGUCAAAAUUUGUUAAUUUUGUAUAUGUCGUGAAAUAUUACUUCGUAUAGAUAGUAAAUAAAUGGCAAAAGUUAUAAAAAUAUGGAACUUUACUCCAUUCACAAUCGUUCGAGUGAAAUGAAAAAAAUAAUAAAGAUAUAAAACGAGCUAGUACGUUAAAUAGGGCAAGUCUCUAUUCCACUCCGCUAUAAAAUUCGUGGAAGAAUAUAAUAACUCGCCUUUCCAAUUCGUCAAAUGUCUCUCUAUUUUUCAAUCACUCUUACUCUAUUCAGAAACUUUAAUUUGCAAAACAUUGUCUUCCCAACUAACAAUCUAUUAACCACCCGAGAAUGAAAUCACGAUUGAAAGUCGAAAUACAAGAGGAAUAUGACAAUAGGGAAGAAAGUAAUAUAGACGCAAUCGAAAUUGAAUCAUCGUCGAAAGCAAGGUGAGUAAGAAAUUUCUCCAUUUAACAUACGCUUGGAUAUUAACAUUCUCUCCUUUUCCAUCGAACGAUUCUUUCCGUUUCUUCUCUCUGUCUCUCUUCCAUAUCUUCAUAUUUUUUCCAAUAUCUAAGAAAUCGAAAAAAUUCGAGAACAUUGGUUUUCCACACGUUUGGUUUUUUGACAUACAUUAUUACAGAAAAUAGAGCCGGCCGUACUUUCGUUCGUAAUCUCGAAAUUUUUCUUUUCACGAGGACUUUUUCUUUUUCCAAUCGUCGAACAAGUUCGAAUCGACCUCGAAACAAUCUCGAGAAGAAUUAGAAAAUGAUCGGUUGCGGAUGAUAUAUAUACAGUGGCCGACUUGGUGAGGUUGUCGGGUGUAACCUAGAAAAUUAAUCGCGAAAAUCCAUCGAACGUUAUACCGUUAACGCAGGAGAUGACGAAGUUUCGCGCUGCUGUUAAAUAUUUAAAGAGACCCGGAACGAGACAAUGGAGCGGCGCCCGCGAAUAAGGCAGUUGCCAUUCCGAGGCACGCGCCAUUCCAAAGAAAGAAAAAAGAAAAAAGAAAAAAAAAAAAAAGAAAAGAGGAAGAGAAGAAGAGGAACGAUGCACGGAUCGAUUGGACAUUGUUUGCCGGGCGAAUGACACGCUCUGGCUGAGCUACUUACCAUUAGGAAUUCGCGAUAAAUCCUUAUUAAAAAAAAGAAAAAAAAAAAAUGAGCACAUUCGAACAUUUAUUUGCCCGAGAAUACACACACACACAUAUAUAUAUAUAUACGUAUAUGGUUAAUUGAAGAUCGGUGUUUACUUUGAAAAGAAAAACACGGAGAAAUGGAUAGAGGUGAACUGCAAUUAAAAGUAUCGACAAGUGCUAUCGACCAAUUUCAUUCACUAUAGCGUGUAUCUAAACCGCUAUUGACACUGUAAAUAACGAGCCGGUGAAAGUAGAGUUUAUCUCUCUCUCUCUCUCUCUCUCGAAAAAUGCAUGCGAAAAAUUUAUAUCCUAUGUCUCGAAGGAAAUACUUGAAUUUUAGAGUGAGAUCGAGUGAGAUCUGCCUUCUUUCGUCUACCAACUCAACUUCGAGCUUCGAUCGACGUUUAAGUGUACAGUUAUGAAGCCGAUUCUCGGUACGUAACACGGAAUAUAUCGGUAGUGGACAAAAGAAAUAAUAAUAAUCCUCGGAGAAACUAUCGGUAAUCAUAUCAUCAAGCGUCGUCGUAUCAGGAAAUCCAUCAAUGCAACGAGUGGCUUUGUACGACCACGUCUGUGGGUCAAGGUGAACUGCUUGCUCGUUGCACGUGGACGUACAAGAUACCUAUAUAUGCGCAUUCGUCCCAAUUAUCUCUCGAACGCUUUUCAAUCCUAGAAUUUGGGGAAUGCCGGAGAGGAUUUAGAUGAAUUAUAUAUCCGCGUCGAACGGUGAUCCGAUCGUGAAGACAAUAAUCCAUUGAUCCGCGGAUCUAUCGAUCCUUGGAAUACAAUAUCAAAGACGAGAAUUCAAUUCGAUAAAAAUAUUAUAUCGAUUUUUAAAAUUAAUUCCAAAAGUGCAACAGUGCUUUUUUUUUUUUUGGAUCAUCGAAAGAUAUCAUCCUCUCUCCACCACACGGUGUCCUCUCGUCUCCCUACUGACCCAAAUCUGGGAACUUGGGCGAUCGGUAUUGCCCGCGCUACUAGGGUCCGGCCAGCUUCUUGCGCCAACUCGGGGAAGAGUCGGCCGUUUGUUUAAAAAAUUAUUGAAGAAAGUUCGGCGUGACGGGGAGGUGGGUACAACAACGACGGUGUACCAAGCGCGAUGACGCCUUGUGUGUGCCUUAGUCGUUCGUCGUCGUCACACGCGUCAUCCGCCGUGAGAGUGGGGAUAUUGGGGAGGGUCCCAGCUGGCGAACACCUAUAAAGAUAGAAGCUACGGAGGGUCAGAUCACACUUUGCUCCGAAAAUUUUCCGAGGAUCGAUUCUCGUGGACAGUGAGAAAGAGAGAGAGAGAGAGACAUUUGCCAAUUGUCAGGAAAGAUGAACAAGCUGGUGAUUCUGGGAUUUCUCGCCGCUUCCGCGACGGCUGUGCCCACGUCGGUUGUUAACAACGUUCAACUGAACAGGGAUCUCGAUUGCUUCGAGCAAGAGAACGCGUUGUUCAGCUGUAUUUCCGUCAAGACUGUCAGCAUGCUGGACAGAGCUGCCAGGUCCAGCGAUAUUGAGAUCAUCGAUGGGGUCAAGUUUGUAAGGGAAACGCCGAUGGAGCGGAAUGGAAAAGAGCUGAGGAGCGAAGUGGACAUCAUGAACGAGCUGCCGAGAGACGCGUCGGAUAGAGCCAUCAAGCUGAUGGGUAUGAUGUUCGACUCGGUCAUAUCCUUCGUGAAAUCCCACAGUUUGAAGCUGAGCAUGCCCGAGGAGGGCUCGAUCUCCCGCGCUCUGGACCAAGGUCGUACCAAGAUAAAGAAGAUCGCGUUGCCGCUGAUCGCCGCGGCGGGGGUGAAAUUAUUCGCCCUUAUCCCAAUUGUGCUCGGAAGUCUCGGCCUCCUGGUGAUGAAAGCCCUUUUCGUGGGCAAGAUCGCCCUUCUCCUUGCCGGGGUAUUGGCUUUCCAGAGGCUGUUCGGCAGCGGAAACGGGGCGACGAGUUUCUUCAACAAGAACAAUCAGCCGUCAACUGGAUGGGUGGACAACGGAGGUGGGCAAGGUUGGUCGUCGGGCAACGUCGCUUCGAACGUGCAACCUCAGGGUUACUACAGAAGCUUCAACGAUCAAGAAACGGAUGCCCAUUCUAUGGCAUACUCGGCCCAGGCGCCGAUCACGAACGAAACCAAUUGAAACUCGGGUCGGAUGAAAAAUAUCGCGAAAUGUUCGAACGAAGAGGAAUCGGUUGGUGGCCAUAUCUCGCGAGUCUGGUGCGUUUAAAUGAUGCUAUCUAGAUAAUUAAUUCUCGACUGCUAGAUUAAUAUUUAUUAUAUUAAUCCCUUUUGUAUUAAUAAAUUAUUCGUAUUCGACAUUUCUUACGAAACACCUCUUCUUAUUUAUUAAUUCGUUCAUCGUCGUCGAUCGUUAUUAGUCGAAUCAAUCCAAUUUGUUUUCGCUCUCUUCAUAAAGACAAUCCCUUUUUCUUGAAAAAUUUACAUUGAAAAAAAAAAAUCUCUGAAACGCAACAUCACUUUUGACACGAUUCUUGAAAAAUUUAUAUUGAAAAAAAAAAAAAAAAAAGAAAAAAAAUCUCCGAAACGCAACAUCACUUUUGACAACGAUCGCUCUCUUAAGUCCGAUAAGUCGAAAGCCGAUUUCUAAUUCGGGAGAAAUAAUUUGUUAUGCGCCUGCAAAAAAUAUUAUACACGCAAUGCAACGCGCGAAGGUGCAUAGAAAAGCGGCCGAUACGUGAUUAGUGUGUGUUCGCCCCGCCGCGAAAUAUCGAAAUGUUCGACAAUCGAAUGUCUGUGGCUCAUAUUCCAUUCAGAUCGGACGUACAGUUUCGUUUCCCACUCCCACCGCUCUUGUACCCCAUUUUCUCGCCUUCUCUCUCUCCUCCUUUCUUCCUCUUCGUUCGUUCCAUUUCCUUCUCUCCUUCUGACCGAAAACAGAUUCGGGACACGGCGGCAGCGGCGCAACAGCGGGUCGUCCGUUUUGCAUGCCGCGUGUUCCGUGUCACACGCGGCAACAGGCACGGAAAUCUAAUUUUCACCGAGAAACUUAUUACACACCGCCGUCUCGCUCAUCGUCCAAGGCGUACACCGUCCAAGGCGAGGAAGGCGGGCGGCAUUAUCGCGUGGCCAUCGGUUCAAAAAAAAAAAGAGAAAAAAGCGUCGCCUCUGGAAACUUUGCCGCACAUUGUGAUUGGAGAUUGGACAAAAGGCGCCGCCACGCACAUCCUUUUAUCGUUCUUACGAUUUCGAGAGACGAGAAAUAUCUUUAAUUGUUGAAGUACGAUUGUUCUUCUCUCGCCUCGAAUAGAUGCUCGUUUGAAUAGAGAAUUUGGUAGAAAGUAUCCGAGACAUGGACAUCUCCUCGUCCAUGCCUUUCCACGAAUAAAUCGUGAUUCUUAUUUCCAACGUCUCCCAAAUGGCAAAUGGACGCCGUUUGAAAAGAUGCUUCUUCCUACUUUUCUCUAAAACAAAUUAUCCGCACCUUAAAACGGCCUAUCAACUUUCACGCUUUUCAAUCAUCGUUAAGAUGCUCCUUCCAUUCCAGAAAAUUGUGUAUUCUCACUCCAAGUUUCUACAAAUCCGUAUUUCUCCAUUUAUGUCUCU